AUGCGCUGGGCCGACAAUUACACUUUACAGCACCGCAUCCCGCCUUCGGUUGCCCGCGCCCACGCCUCUACUAAACAAGGUCCCGCCUCCACAAAAGGCGCCUUGCCACUCACUGCUUGCCUCCGACCAAAACCAAUCCUCCUUCUUCCUGCACCUGCAUCCUCAUCCUCAUCCUCAACUCCGAUCUUGACCCCGGGCUCCAACAAUUCAAAGCAUCCACGCGCCACCAUGGGCAGCAGCUGGAACCCCUUUUCCGUCUCGCCCAACCGGCGCUCGUCGUCAUACCGUCCGGGCUACGCCUCGUCGUCGUACUCGUCGUCGUCGCGCCACCACAGCUCGACAUCGCGGUACAAGCGCUCGCCCCGCGACAACUACAUGCAGCACCUGUACAAGAAGCUGCAGCACUUUUUGCGCGAAAUCUGGCGCUACGCCCAGCGCCACCCGUACAAGGUCUUCUUCAUGAUCAUCAUGCCCCUCGUCUCGGGCGGCGUCCUGCACAAGCUCGCCCGCCAAUUCGGCGUCAACCUCCCCCAAAUGGGCAACCAGCCCCAACACCGCGGUAGCACCGCCGGCGGAUACUACGGCAGCCAAGGCUACGGCCGCGACACAUAUACCUCGUCCUCCUCGCGACGGAGCGGCGCUCCCCCGACAAACGCCCCUGCCAACGGCGGCGGCGGCAUGAUGGCCAGCCUGCAAAACAUGGAUAUGGACAAGGUCGCCGGCGGCAUCGGCGGUCUGGCAACCCUGGCGAGUAUGGCGUCUAAAUUCGUCUAA